AUGAGGUUGUCUGCCUUUGCAUUCAUUUUGUGGGGUCACACAACCGCCGCUACCACUUUCGACAUUUCUUGUGUUUCUGUCGACCGGCUUAUUGCGAUUCGGCUUCCUUUCCGCUAUCAAGACAUUAUAACCAAGAAAAGAUGUUACACAGUGAUUAUUUUGGUAUGGCUUUUUUCUUUAGCUAUUUCUUUCUCGAUGUUAUUAGUAAAGCUCUCGUCGGAAGAAGACGAUGAAAAAAGAUACUUUGUUCUGCAGUGGAUUUCAAUCAAUCCAUUUAUUUAUUACUUUCGAAAUGAAGAGUUUCGCCGAGCCUUUCGCCGUACUCCUUUCGACGGUUGCCCUGUGGACACACCGGGGAAUGCACACAACAAACAGGACUUAAACCAAGUCAAAACCCGAUG